GGCGGGUUGGGCCGGGCGGGAAGCGUUAGGCGAUCGGCCCCUGGGGCGCGGGGGUCGAGCGGGCGGGGAGGGCCCUAAGGCGACCUCUGCCCGGAUGAGGAACAAAGCGGUGGGGCUGGCGCGCGCGCCCCCCGCGCGGCCGACAGGUCGAGCAGCCCCCCUCCCGAAGCUCCUGGAGGAGAAGCCACGGGGGUCCCCCGGCAUGUCCCAUCUCGCGGCGGGGUGCGUGGCCGCCGGCCCUCGGGAGAAGUUGGGCGGCCCCGGACGGCCCCGGGGACGAGUGGCCGCUUUUGUGCAGAGGUUAUAAGCAAGAUGCGGUAGCACGUGACCCUGGAACGCAAACCCUGAUGCCGGUUCCCCGCCACCCGUGUGCUUUUUCCUCUGACCCUUGGCCCCAAGCAGAUGCAUCACAGGAUGAAUGAAAUGAACCUGAGCCCAGUGGGGAUGGAGCAGCUGACUGCAUCCUCUGUGAGCAAUGCCUUGCCAGUCUCAGGGAGUCACCUGGGGUUGGCUGCCUCACCCACUCACAAUGCCAUCCCUGCCCCAGGCCUGCCAGUGGCAAUUCCAAACCUGGGUCCCUCCCUGAGCUCUCUGCCUUCUGCUUUGUCUCUGAUGCUCCCAAUGGGGAUCGGGGAUCGAGGCGUGAUGUGCGGGUUACCUGAAAGAAACUACACCCUACCUCCACCACCUUACCCCCACCUGGAGAGCAGUUACUUCCGAACCAUCCUACCUGGCAUUUUGUCGUAUUUAGCUGACAGGCCGCCGCCUCAGUACAUCCACCCCAACUCCAUCAACGUCGACGGUAACACAGCAUUAUCUAUCGCCAGUAACCCUUCAGCACUGGAUCCUUAUCAGCCCAGUGGAAACGUUGGACUGGAACCAGGCAUUGUUUCAAUAGACUCUCGCUCUGUGAACACUCAUGGUGCCCAGAGUCUCCAUCCCAGUGAUGGCCACGAGGUGGCCUUGGACACCACAAUCACUAUGGAGAGCGUCUCCCGGGUUACCAGCCCCAUCUCUACCGAUGGAAUGGCGGAGGAGCUUACAAUGGAUGGUGUUGCAGGCGAGCAUUCUCAGAUCCCAAAUGGCUCCAGAAGUCACGAACCUCUGUCGGUGGAUUCGGUGAGCAACAACCUUGCCGCAGACGCUGUGGGACACGGUGGUGUGAUACCUAUUCAUGGGAACGGCCUGGAGCUGCCUGUGGUCAUGGAGACGGACCACAUUGCAAGUCGGGUCAACGGGAUGUCUGACGGGGCCCUCAGUGACUCCAUCCACACCGUGGCCAUGAGCACCAACUCUGUAAGCGUGGCACUCUCUACCUCACACAACCUCGCCUCCCUAGAAUCGGUUUCCCUCCAUGAAGUUGGCCUAAGCCUAGAACCUGUGGCUGUGUCCUCCAUCACCCAGGAGGUUGCUAUGGGGACAGGUCAUGUAGAUGUAUCGUCAGACAGUCUUUCUUUUGUACCACCUUCGCUGCAAAUGGAAGACUCCAACUCAAACAAGGAAAAUAUGGCAACCCUGUUUACAACUUGGUGCACCCUCUGUGACCGAGCCUAUCCCUCAGACUGCCCUGACCACGGACCAGUGACUUUUGUUCCUGACACGCCAAUAGAGAGCAGAGCGAGACUUUCUCUCCCAAAGCAGCUUGUUCUCCGCCAGUCAAUUGUGGGAGCAGAAGUUGGCGUGUGGGCUGGAGAAACCAUUCCUGUGCGGACUUGCUUUGGGCCUCUUAUUGGCCAGCAGAGUCACUCCAUGGAGGUAGCAGAAUGGACAGACAAGGCAGUGAGCCAUAUCUGGAAGAUAUACCACAACGGUGUCCUAGAAUUCUGCAUCAUUACAACUGACGAAAAUGAAUGUAACUGGAUGAUGUUUGUGCGCAAAGCCAGGAACCGGGAAGAGCAGAAUUUGGUGGCUUAUCCCCAUGAUGGAAAAAUUUAUUUCUGCACCUCACAAGAUAUUCCUCCUGAAAACGAACUGCUUUUUUAUUACAGCCGGGAUUAUGCUCAGCAGAUUGGUGCUCCCGAACACCCAGAUGUACACCUGUGUAACUGCGGCAAGGAGUGCAGUUCUUACGCAGAGUUCAAGGCCCACCUGGCCAGCCACAUCCAUAACCAUGUGCCCAGCCAGGGCCACAGCGGCAGCCAUGGGUCCGGCCACAGCAAAGAAAGGAAGUGGAAGUGUUCCAUGUGCCCUCAGGCUUUCAUCUCUCCUUCCAAACUUCAUGUCCACUUCAUGGGCCACAUGGGGAUGAAGCCCCACAAGUGUGACUUCUGCAGUAAGGCUUUCAGUGAUCCCAGCAACCUGCGCACCCACCUCAAGAUACACACCGGUCAGAAGAACUACCGGUGUACUUUGUGUGACAAGUCUUUCACCCAGAAGGCUCACCUGGAGUCACACAUGGUUAUCCACACCGGCGAGAAGAACCUCAAGUGUGAUUACUGCGGCAAGUUGUUCAUGCGGAGGCAGGACCUGAAGCAGCACGUGCUCACCCACACGCAAGAACGCCAGAUCAAGUGUCCCAAGUGUCAUAAGCUGUUCUUGAGAACAAAUCACUUAAAGAAACAUCUCAAUUCACACGAAGGAAAACGGGAUUAUGUCUGUGAAAAAUGCACAAAGGCUUAUUUAACCAAAUAUCAUCUCACCCGUCACCUGAAAACCUGCAAAGGGCCCACCUCCAGUUCCUCAGCACAAGAGGAGGAAGAAGAGGAUGAGUCAGAAGAGGAAGAGCUGACAGACCCCCUGGGGACAGAAGACUGUCGGAUGAACAGUGCUGUGUAUUCAGCAGACGAGUCUCUCUCUGCACAUAAAUAAAAGCCAGCUGUUUUGGAUGGAAAAGGCAAAAGGGAAAAACACACGUAACCAGUUAUCCACUACAAUGGUUUUUCUAUAAAAUGGUUUCUGAUUUCCUUUCAGCCAACAGUCAAAACAGACUGAAUGGGAUGGAUAAAGCACUUACAGAGGGGCAUCCUAAAGAAAACACUUUAACACAAAUGGGGAACAAGGGCACAUGUCCUAUUUUUAAGUGAUGUGUCAGGAGAGGAGUGUCAACGUUUAAGGUCUGUUCUCUACAUGAUAAUCUGCCUGUUGCUUUACUGUCCGAGUCAAAGCUGCCCUCUAAGAUGAGAGAAGCUACCCAAACAAACCAGAUUUCCUUUAAAUUAUCCCAUCAUUCCCUUGUCCUGUGAUUUAGCAUCUGAACUUGGUCCCUGCCUCACAGUCGUCCCGGUUGCUGAUUGUUCUGGUGUUUUCUGUGCAGCUGUGACUUCCACUCAUCUCAGUGCAGAUCAGAACACGGCCGUGUAAGCUCCGUCCUUUGACCGCAGCUAACAAGUUUAAAGCACCACCUGCCUUAAUCUCUACUUGGGAGUUUAGGGUAGAUCUUGCUUCCCCAGAAUUUCCCAGGUGCCUCGGGGGCAGAUCAAACAGCAGCAGCCAGGCAAUGGGCAGUGAUGGAGAGAAGAAAAGGAGCGAUUCCCGGGCAGCUGUCCAAGAAACUAGCUUUGAUGGAAGCCAGGGUUUGGCCCCUGAUGGCGGUUCCUUAGAGAUCUUUGUAGGUUUAGACGUAUCUGUCUCCAGUAAAGCUUCCAGCCCCUAGACCAAGGGAAGCUGGAGGUGGAGAGUCAAAUAAUGCCUGCUGGGUCAUCUGACGACAAGCACACGUGCACUCAGCUGCUGGCAAAGGGGUACCUUGGCCCACGGAAGGGAGGAGGCAAUGACCCUUUAUAUCUGGCUUACCCUAUGAAAAGGAUCAAGACACUGUUAAAAUGCUGCCAAGUCAGAUGACAGAUGACUCCAAAUCCAUUGGUGCAUUUGCAAGGUUAGGCCUUCCUCGUCUGGUGGAGGACCUCAGCAGUUAAGCAUGGUGGAUGCCAAAGGAUUUGGAAAGUAGAAGGCUUACUGGUCACACGGGUGUGUUUGCAGGGUCCCGGCUUAGUUGCUUCCUCCCUCCCUCUGCUCUCACCUGGUGUCCCCCAUGCAUACCCUGCUCUCAGCAGGAAGCAGAUGCGACCUUAGGUUGACGGUUGAUAAUAUAAUCGUGCUCCUAUGCCGAAGCACGCCCUCCGGGCUGGAGAGCAAGGACUGCUGGGAAGGUUUUGCUGCUAAUGUAUUUAUGGAAUGAAUGUAUUUCAUUCAAAUCUGUAUUCCUCUAGGAAGGAUU